CGCCGACCGGCCCGACGCCCCCCGGCGGCCACCUACCUCGUCCCGGUCACCCGCCCGCAGUGUCUUUGAAAGGCGGCGGGAGGCGAAGAUCGCGAUGGCGAACCUGGGUCGCCUGCUCUGCGUGCUGUGCCUGUUCUGGUUCGGGGGGGCGAGCCUGGAGAACUCGCUUCUCCCGUUCAACACCUCCUCCAAGAAGCCCAUCAUCGGGAUACUGAUGCAAAGAUGCCAUCAUAAGACCAUGAAAAAACUUGGAAACUACUAUAUUGCUGCAUCCUAUGUAAAGUAUUUGGAGUCUGCAGGUGCAAGAGUUGUACCAAUAAGAAUUGAUCUUAUGAAGGACGAGUAUGAAAAGAUUUUCAAAUCUAUUAAUGGGAUCCUUUUCCCUGGAGGAGGUGCUAACAUCAAGAGGUCAAAUUACUCUCACGUGUCCAAAAUAUUUUACAAGCUUGCCAUAGAGAGUUUUGAUGAUGGAGACUAUUUUCCUGUGUGGGGCACCUGUCUCGGAUUCGAAGAGCUUUCGUUCCUGACGAGUGGAGAGUUCUUGCUAACUCCCACCAAUACUACUGGGUUGAAACUGCCGCUGAACUUCACCGAAGCUAUAUUGCAGAGCAGAAUGUUUGAAAAUUUUCCUGCUGAAUUAUUGCUGUCAUUAGCAGUGGAGCCUUUGACAGCAAAUUUCCACAAGUGGAGCCUCUCAUUGAAGAAUUUUUCUAAGAAUGAAAAGUUAAGCAAGUUUUAUAAUGUAUUGACUACAAACUCAGAUGGCAAGGUACAAUUUGUUUCAACAAUGGAAGCGUUUCAUUAUCCAAUAUAUGGUGUUCAGUGGCAUCCAGAGAAACCACCUUACGAGUGGAAGAAAUUAGAGGGCAUUAGUCAUGCACCCAACGCUGUGAAGGCUGCAUUUUAUUUAGCAGAGUUCUUUGUUGCUGAAGCUCGAAAAAAUAACCAUCAUUUUUCAUCUCCUGCUGAAGAGAGUAAAAGCCUGAUUUAUCAAUUUCAUCCUACUUAUACUGGAAAUUUUUCUACAUUUCAGCAAGUUUACUUAUUUGAUUGAAAGGCGUCAUUGUCCUAACAGUAAUUUUUAAUAAUUACAUAAUUAAAAUGUUUUAAUAAUUUGUCAGUCCUGGUAAUAAUAACCACAGAGAGAUUCUUUUUCCAUGAUGUUGCUGGCUUGAUUCUUCAUUAAGUAUAUUUGACUAUACAUGUGAUAAUGAGUGGGAUGAAGAAUAAUCAGUGUAUUACAUAAAAAAAAUUUCUUUUAUCUGAAAAUAGAAAUAUAUUAUUUCUAUUUCUAUAUUAUUUCUAUUGAAAAUAAAAAAUAUUAUUUUUUAAAUUCUAGAAAUAAAUAUGCUCCUCUAUCCACUCCAUCCUUUGUUGAAGAUCACUUAAAAAUCCUACCUCUAGUUCACUCUGUUUGUUUUGGUUUUUGGACUAUACCUGGUGGUGCUCAGCACUUAGUCCUGGCUCUGUGUUCAGGAGUCACCUUAAAGAGUGACCAGGGCCAGGGAUCAAGGUUGGGUCAAGUCACCUGGAAGGCGAGUGCCUUAAUACCUAUACUAUCUCUUUGUAGAUCACUCUGAGGUCUUACCUCCUUUUAGGAGUGUGGGGUGUGUGUGUGUGUGUGUGUGUGUAUGUUUUGGUCUUUGUAAUUCCAUUUGUGCACAUACACACACAAUGUCCAAUGUCCAUUUUCUGUUUAAAUUCCAUAGUUAAAUUGCAUGCCUCCUGAAAGUUGAGUCUGUCUGGAACUUUUUAUCUUCUUCUAUGUCUAGCAAAGUAGGAGUCUUAAUAAAUAUUUGUAUCAUAUUUGUCAAUGAGCUUUUUACCAUGGAAAAUAAUUUGAAAGUUAUACAUUUGGGUACAUUUUAAUCUCUCAGUCCAUCUUUUCCUGCUCCACCAUUUACUGUCCUAUAUACCCUCACCACAGCGGGUAGGGCGUUUGCCUUGCUCGUGGCCGACCGGGGUUUGAUUCCUCCAUCCCUCUCGGAGAGCCCAGCAAGCUACCUAGAAUAUUCUGCCCGCACGGCAGAGCCUGGCAAGCUACCCAUGGUGUAUUUGAUAUGCCAAAAACAGUAACAGCAAGUCUCACAAUGGAGACAUUACUGGUGCCCGCUCGAGCAAAUCAAUGAGCAACGGGAUGACAGUAAUACACCCUCACAAAUUGUGAAAUUUAGGUGUUCCUUGAGUACAACCAAGUAACUGAAAGAGAGCUAUUUUUGAUAGACAACAUGUUUACACAUGUUCUUUGUUCUCCAGAGAGAGGAUUGGUUUCUGCCCAUGAAUAUAAAUAUUCUUCAUUAAGUCCCUCUAUGUCAAAGGGUGCUAUAUACCAGCAUAUUUCAUGUUUCUCACCACUAGAAAAGGUAGGAACACUCAUAUUUCUAGGGCUCCCCCAACCUGUUUGUGAGGAAAAUCUUUGAAAUAUGUGUUUGUUUCCCUUGGAAGUUCUUAUUAACACUUAAUCCUGACAUCAUUACUUACGGUGCUGUAUUAUCCAUUCUUCCAUGGAUGAAUUCAGGCUUUUAAUUGCUCUCAAAGCCUCUUACUGUGCUUCACUUAUGAUGAGAACCAAAUUCAAUUAAAUGUAAACCAUUACUUGUUUUUUUACUCAAAUGUAGUUUUUCAUGUUUCUGAUCAAAUUUUUCUUUUUGAAGUUUUUAUGCCGGUAUUAUUUCAAGAAUGGAAUCUCAAAGUUAGCCAUUUUCUACCAUCCAUACAUCUACCACCUGCAGGCAGGCUGGGCAAAGGGCUUGAGAUCAGGUGAGGAGAGUUACCCAGAAUUUUUUUUUUUUUUUGAGAUAAUUGUUUUCUUAUAUUUUUCUUUUCUCAUUUUUUUAAAUAAAUUUAUCUAUUUUUAAUUAAUGAAUCACCAUGAGGGUACAGUUACGGAUUUAUACACAUCUGUGCUUAUGCUUCCCCCAUACAAAGUUCGGGAACCCAUCCCUUCACCAGUGCCCAUACUCCACCACCAGUAAACCCAGCAUCCCUCCCAUCCUCCCCAAUCCCAUCUCCCCCCACCCCACUCUGUCACUGUGGCAGGGCAUUCCCUUCUGUUCUCUCCCUCUAAUUAGCUAUUGUGGUUUGCAAUAAAGGUGUUGAGUGGCCACUGUGCUCAGUCUCUAGCCCUCAUUCAGCCCGCAACUCACUUCUCCCACAUGGCCUUCGACUACAUUAUAGUUGGUGAUCCCUUCUCUGAGUUGCCCUUUCCCCAGAAUGUGAG